AUGCUACCCAAAAAAUCUUUAUCGACGCUAUUUGGGUUCCUCAACACUCCAGUGUUAUCAGAGAUCAAAGUUUUCAAUUGUCCUGACCGUAAUGAAUACUCUAUUAUAGCUGAGUGGACGCAGACUGACACUUUUCGAAAAGACAGUGUUUCAUAUUCAAGAAAUUAUCUGGUCACCUUACCACAACAUGACAUGCAUGAAAAUCUACAUGUGGACUACACUUCACAACUACAGUUUACCUCAUUUGGACAGUGUUUUCCUUUCGCCUCACAGAACCAUGUGCGUACUAUUUGGGAUAUUAAGUCUCCUGAAGGUUGUCACCGAGCUGUAUGUAUCGAAUGUAAUCCUCCACUGGCUUCAAAUCCUUCAAAGUCUACUGUCGCUAGUACUGCAGAAUCAGGUAUUUUCAUUCAAGUGUGGAUAAAUGGACGUUUCACCAACUCUAUAAAGCUCCCAACACUUAAUGCUCGUCAUGGUCGUGUCUAUCCUUCGAAUGGUUCGACAUUCCAUGGAGCUCGAUGGUCGAAUGCAAGAGAUAAGAUUGUUUAUUUGGCAGAAGUGUGUAAUAAUCCUAGUGAGAAUACUACUACUAAUGAUCAGUCAUUCAAAGAUGACCCUUCAUCGUUUGCAUUCCAAGAGGAUUGGGGUGAAGGCAAUGAAGGAUCGCAUAAACCGAAGCUUUGUAUACUUGAUCUUACUACCGAAACUGUUAGUUUUGCUCCAAUCGAUGAAAAUAAGCAUAAUUUAGCUUGCAGUGAACCGUUAUGGAGUCCAGAUGAUAACGGGAUUAUAUUUGUUGGUUAUCCUUCGCAAGCUUAUAAUCUUGGAUUAAUUUACUGUAUUCAACGUCCAUCUCAACUUUAUUUUUGGGACAUAAAAAAGAAUAGUAUCGAACCAAUCAGUGUGCCUGGUUAUUCAGUUCAAUGUCCGCGAUUCAAUCCAAAUGGUACUUAUUUAAUUUGGCUUCAAAACCCUGUUGGUGGACCACAUGGUCAGUGUGUUUCAUUAGUUGGUACUCAAUGGCCAAUGAACUGCUUGAAACCUGAGGUUAUUAUACCAAUUAUCAAUAGUCCAUGCAGUGAUUAUAAGUGUACUAUAGGUAGAUUUCCAGGACUGUAUUGUAAAUUAGCAGAUCGUUGUUGGUCUAGUGAUGGACAAUAUGUAUUAGUCUCAUCAUGUUGGGGAUUCGAGGUUGUUGGACUUCUUAUUUCAGUGACUGAAUCCAUUGCCCAAUCAAGACCAGUUGUAUAUAAACUGCCUAAGUUGUAUUUAUCAUCAGAUGGAACUACGUUGUCAUCAUCAUUAUCAAUUUUAGAUGUUUACGAUGAUGUUCUAGUGGUCUCUGUCAGUUCUCCAAUUCAUCCACAGCAUAUAGCUGUAUUAAAUUUAAAGUAUCUGAAUUAUGCUAAUUUGUCUUCUGAUCUUAAUCAGCGUCCAUGGUUAAUCAUUUCUGAUGGGAUUGAUUUAAAACAAAAUCAUUUACGUUCAUUGAAAGGUAUUGAUUGGUCAAUUCAUCAAAUAGAACUGGAAAAUAAAUCAGAUAACCAAAUAAAUUCAUUUGAAUGUUUACUAGUUCAUCCCAUACUUCAAGAUGAUGGUUCAAUUCAACAAAUAGAUGUAUCCGAUUUCACAUUUGCAAAAGAUCUAACAGAAAUUGUAACAUGUAGACUUCGUGGUUUAAUUGUCAUGCCUCAUGGUGGUCCACAUGCACAUUCAAGUGCUUCUUGGUCUUCGAUGAUCGCUGGAUUUUGUUCGGUAGGCUUUGCUUGUUUAUUAAUUAAUUAUCGUGGAUCACUUGGUUAUGGCAAUGCGUUUGUCCAAGAUUUAAUCGGAUAUAUCGGUGAAAAAGAUGUGUCCGAUUGUGUUCAAGCUACUAAAUUUGCAUUGAAUUAUUUGCAGAAAUUUGGGUCCAACUUGAAAGCAGUUUUAUUUGGUGGUUCACAUGGAGGCUUCUUAACGUUACAUUUAGCCUCACGAUAUAAAAAUUUAUAUCAUGUAGCUACAGCUCGUAAUCCAGUGGCUCAUUUAGUCAGUCUUAUUGAUACAUCUGAUAUACCGGAUUGGUGUUAUACUGAAUCAGGUUUAGCAGAUUGGUGUGAAUGGCCUCUUGGUCAUUUACCGAAUGACAAUGAAUUAAUGCGUUUGUCAAAUCAAUCUCCUUUGAAAUAUUUAGAUAAAACAUGGUCUGUACCUUUGUUAAUGCUGUUAGGUGGGAAAGAUCGUCGUGUACCAAAUAGUCAGGGAUUAACAUUCUGUCGAAAGUUGAAAGCCUUAUGUCCAACUGUACCAUGUGAAACAUUGCUCUAUCCAUAUGAUUCACAUCCGUUGGAUUCACCAGCAUGUUCAUUAGAUGUUUUUGUGAAUUGCGUAAAUUGGUUUUUAAAACACUUAUAA